UUCUUAGCCUCUCUUGGUAUAAAUGUAAUCUCUUGGCAUGCGUAGUGGAUUCAUAUUCUUAUCUAACCUUCUCACUCAAACUCCUUCUACCCUCAUUCUCUCUACUUUCUCUUCCUUGCAUCUCUACCUUCCUCUUACCACAAGGUAAACAACGGAGAUGGCAGGGUGCGAAAAAGAAGACUAUUUCACUGCCCCCAAUGCUGAGACAACAUCCGCGGGAAAGUACGGUAGGCUUGCCCCAAAGAAGAAGCCUUUGAUAUCAAAAGAUAAUGAAAGGGCAUUCUUUGAUUCAGCUGACUGGGCAUUAUGCAAGCAAGGUGCUGGAGUGAAUCAACAAUCUACAACAGCCGUGGAGACACUGCAACCAAAACUACAGAGAACUCCACAUCAGCAGCUUCCUCCAAGGCGACCUACAUGCACACCUGGCUAAGAUAAUUUUGUUAAUUACUCUAAUAUAAUAUGUAAUGCUCUCAAUUUAAUAAAAUUUUAGUAGUAUUUGCAUUACUGAAUUAUAUAUUCUAUGCUUGUAUUCAGUAAUUGUUCAUCCAUUGUAAUGCAAGGAGAGUAGCUUUAAUAAGCAGAACAAGGAUUUGCUCAGUCAAUUUUACUAUUCCAAAACUCAUGAUUUUCCUGAUCAUGAUCUGAUGUAUAUUACAAUUUACCUCAUGUUUUCUACUAUUAACAGUUCAAUAAAAACUUCAUUUCAAUUCC